CGACAAAUCGCUGCGAGCAGCCCACUCCGGGAGUCAACCGGAAAAAUAAAAAAAAAAUAUAAAAACUUUACUUUGAAAGAAAUGAGAUUUAUUCUUUAAUUUGCAUCUUUUUUGAACGUAAAUUAAAUAGAAAAUCCUCUGCACGAAAGCGCAUAUAGGGAUAUAGUACGACAACUAUAAUCAGAACAACAACAACAACAACAACACCUACACCAUGGAGAGUUUUAAUGGAAUCAGCAAUUUACAAGCCUUCGGGCCACAUUUUGCCGCCCUGUCUAAUGGAUCAGUCACAGACAAGCUAUCCCAUCAUACAGGUGNUUUGGGGCCGGCCAUGUGCGAUCUUUAUGGCGCCUUGGGUUCGGCUUUUGGCUGCAGCUCCAUCUGGUCGAUGUGCAUGAUCUCGCUAGAUCGUUAUCAAGUCAUUGUCAAGGGCGUAGCUGGUCGACCAAUGACCAUUAAAUUGGCGCUAAUGAAAAUUGCUUUCAUCUGGGCUAUGGGCAGCAUCUGGACAUUGGCGCCGGUGUUCGGCUGGAGUCGGUACGUGCCUGAGGGUAAUCUGACUUCAUGCGGCAUUGAUUAUUUGGAGCGCGAUUGGAAUCCACGUUCAUAUCUGAUCUUCUACACCAUCUUUGUCUACUUUCUGCCGCUGUUCUUGAUUUGCUAUUCCUACUGGUUCAUCAUUGCUGCUGUGUCAGCUCACGAGAAAGCCAUGCGCGAACAGGCCAAGAAAAUGAAUGUCAAAUCCCUGCGCUCUUCUGAGGAUGCCGAAAAGAGUGCCGAGGGCAAAUUGGCCAAGGUGGCGCUGGUCACCAUCUCGCUGUGGUUCAUGGCAUGGACACCAUAUUCGGUGAUCAACGGCAUGGGCCUAUUCGAAUUCGAGGGCUUGACUCCACUGAAUACCAUCUGGGGUGCUUGCUUUGCCAAAUCGGCUGCCUGCUAUAAUCCCAUUGUCUACGGUAUCAGCCAUCCUAAAUACCGUUUGGCGCUGAAAGAGAAAUGCCCAUGCUGUGUGUUCGGCAAGGUUGACGAUGGCAAGUCCAGCGAUGCCCAAUCGCAAGCCACCACCAACGAAUCCGAGUCCAAGGCAUAAGUGGUUGGAGUUUGUGUGCCCGCACUCAGCGAUGCUAAUGACAGCAACAAAUACAAUAACAACAACAGCAACAAGAUUAAAAAUAAAAGCAAUAAUAACAACAGCGAAAGCGAAAAAAUAUUGUAUAUGGGUAUAAUUAUUUAUAUACAUACAUAUAUAAACAAUGAAGUGCAAUGUCAUCAAAGACUUAAAAAAAAAUCGAACAAAAAAAUAAAACAGCAAACGAACUUUUAAAAAGUUGAUAUAAAAA